AGUUGCUUUAAAAUGUUUACAUAAUUCACAAAAUUUCCUUGAUGAAUUUAUAAAUGAGGUUAAAGCAUAUCCAAAUCAAAAAAUAGAUAAUAUUCUUAAAAUAUAUGGAAUAUCUCAAAAUCCAACUACAAAAGAUUAUAUUAUGGUUCUUGAAUAUGCAGAAGGUGGAGAUUUCAAUAGUUAUUUAAAUAAAAAGUAUGAAGUUUUUGAUUGGUUUAAUGGAUUAAGUGUGUUAACUAAUACUAUUGAAGGUCUUAAUAAAAUUCAUCAAAAACAAAUGGUUCAUCGUGAUUUUCAUAUUGGAAAUAUAUUAUUUACAAAAUUUACAAGAUUUGAUCAGUAUCAUAAUAAAAAUAAUGAGUCUAUUGAUUAUGUUGCAUGUAUUUCUGAUAUGGGAUUAUGUAAAAAAAUUGAUGAUAUUAAUGAAACAAGUAUUUAUGGAGUUAUGCCUUAUGUAGCUCCUGAAGUAUUAAAAGGAAAUCCUUAUACUCAAGCAGCAGAUAUAUAUAGCUUUGGUAUGAUUAUGUAUGUUAUAGCAACUGGAAGGCAACCUUUUGCUGAUUGUGCUCAUGAUGGGGUUCUAGCAUUAAAAAUAUGUAAUGGAAUUAGACCUGAAAUAAAUGACAAAAUUACACCAAAAUGUUAUAUCGACUUAAUGAAAAGAUGUUGGGAUUCAAAUCCAGAUAAUAGACCAAAUUCAAUUGAAUUAAAAGAAUUUAUUGACCUAUUUUAUAAUUCAUUAAAUCAAAAAUUUGAUAAAAAGGAACAAAUACAUCAUGAAACUGAAACCCAAUUUAAUGAGACACAAGAAUAUAGAAAAGAAAAUUUUUUAUCAAUAAAAAAUAAUCAAUCAACUACUCAUACACAAGCUAUUUAUACAUCUCGAUUACUUAAUUCUUUUACAAAAAAUCUUUCAAAAUAUGAAGAUAAUUUUAAUAAUAGUACAGUAGAAAUUAUUGAUUUUACAACUUAAAGUUAUAAACAAUUGGCUGUAAAAUAAUGGUUUGAAAAUUUAAAGUAAAAGAGUAUAUUAAACUUCAAAUAAAUAACAUAAAAUGA